UGGCAUUAGAGGCCUUGUAUACGAGUUUACCAGUGUGACGCGCGAUCUGACCGCCAUGGAGUUUCUGCGUUGGCUGGGUGCCUCCGUGUUGCGCGCUCUUCUCCACUGGAUCCGGUUUGCCCUUUCGUCGCCCAUCUUCCUGUUCCUCGUACCGAUGCUGCUGGGUUUGACAUUCCGAUGGUUGUGCUUUGGCAAAGGUGGACGCUCGGAGAAAACCAGGAUCCCCAGUGCUCUACCUCGCUGCCUCACUCGGCCAACCAGUGUCGAGGACGAAGCACGCUUUACGCUGGCUAGACGCAGACGUCGUUAUCUGCGUGGCACCAGGCAUGGCAUCGGUCCCUGCUUCACCAGGAGUAAGAAGCGCCCAUGUGCAACCGGUGAUGCCAGUGUCUAAUCUUACUUGCGUCACUUCGUUUACCAGACAGAGGAGCAGCAAAAAAAAAAAAAAAAAAA